GCACAUCGCAUCUCAAGCAUACGGCGAACUUACUCGGACGAUUUCGUUUGCCUGUGCGAUUCGUUAGAACGCACUUCACGUCAGUGCAAAUGCCUGGCAUGCUCGCGCAUGCGCGGGCGGGCGCGUCCGUGUGUGCAUGUUUGUUGACUGAGUCAGCAUUGUUUUCAUGUUUGCUUGAUCGUUUAAUUGCUUUCCUGUGUUCUUUCUCGUCGCCAUGCCUACUUGUUUGUUUUUCGUCUGCUCGCUUCUUAUUCUUCAGUUACGCAUGAAACCAGCAUCAAACUUGAACGCUUCGGCGCUUGUCCCGUGUACUUUCCGCCCGCGUCUCUCGCCUCGUUUGCGACGUUGCAAAUACCAACGUUAACCCGCAGCGCUUCCAACUGUCGAUUCUGCUAAACUGCCAAAGCCCUUCACUUUCUCUUGGCACACCGCAACUUUUUCCCCCUCACUCCCCCGCCUCACCGAACGAACCGUCCCUGCAGGUUCCGGCGGCCGCGCACCGCUGCCCAUGACCACGGCAGCGAUGGCCGAGCAGGUGCGGGCACUGCGCUCCGAGUCCGCUCCGGGCCUCCGGCUCCUCGUCGGCCUGCGCCCGCUGGACGUGGAGAACACGUACGUGCGCCUCUGGUCCAACCGGUCGGGCCUGGCGGCGUCGGCAAACCUGGCCUACGAGUGGGUCCGUCGCGCCGGCCUGGACGGCAUCGCCCUCACCAACCUGGUUGUGGGACGCCACACCGUCGACGCGUACGUGAACUUCCUCAAGCGGCUGCGCGCGCUCUUUCGCGAGGACUACCUCAUCGUGUUCGGCUUCUUCCACCGGGAGAGCCACGAGCACGACCACGCCUACACCGAGAACGCCAUCCGCACCAUCGUCAGGCUGUGCAGCUUCACCGUGUUCGAGGCUCACGACGUGCGGCCACGGCCGUGCCGCUCCUUCGUGAUGAACGCCCUGGACGAGUACCGGUACGCCAUCUCCAACGCAACCAUCAUGUCGUCGCUGGCCGUGAUUCGACGUCUGGGCGUGCCACGUGACCAGACGUGCGUGUCCAUGAGCCUGGCCGUGAUGCGCUUCCUGCUGUACGACCAGCCGAGGCGCUUCGGUCAGGUCUGCCACAACUACUUCCCCGAGUCAUACUCCAUGCACUGUCGCGAGUGGACCGAGAUACGGUACGAGCGGGGCGCCGUGGCCAACACGGCGCUCGUGCAUCGGCGUGCCGUGGCCGUCGCCGAGAUCAUGGACAGCUUCGACAACGAAACCACGCUCGCCCGCAAGGUACGCGACGCAUGUGCAGGGUGUCCCACGUAACUUGAGCCAAACCUUAUAAAAUAUGCGAAUGCCACGUAGCUGGACGGGACCAAGGUAAUGUUGUUGUUUGCCGUCGCUUGGAUAGUACUCGACCUUUUUUUUUUUUUUGAUUCCGCCUAAUUACAUCGUUAGUCUAAUUAAUGAACCUCCCAAAUAUUAUAAUUAGAUUAAGCGUGUCAAUGAGAGAAUUGUAGAGCGACAUGAAAAACUCCCAAUACAGCUUUCUGUUGCUCGACACCUGCUACAUAGAAA